CUCUCUACCAUUGACUUUUUGAUAUGCCCAAUACUUCAACUCUCACAUUGUCUUAUAAUAUCCAUGAAUAACUAACUCACCAAUUUCUUCUUCUUCUUCUUCUUCUUCUUCUUCUUCCUCCACAAAAUCUCCGGCCAUGAGCUACGCCGCAGCGCCGCCACCUCCGCCGGACUACAACGGUAUGCUCGAAAUGGAUGAUAUAGGCAGCUUUCGCUAUGGUAUCGGCGUCUCCAUCGGCGUCCUCCUCCUCAUCACCACCAUAACCCUAGCCUCCUACUACUGCACACGUAGCCAGCUGUCACAUCCGCAACCGUCACGGACCAAUCACAACGUGACACAUGUCGACGAUGGCCUCGUCCACGUUAUCCACAUCCCGGGGCUCGACGAGGACACAAUCCGGGGCUACCCGAAGAUACUCUACUCGGAGGCGAAGGUCAUGAAGAGAGGGAGCGAUGACUCGACGACGUCGUGUUGCUCCAUUUGCCUGGGGGAUUACAAAACCAGCGAUCUGCUGCGGCAGCUGCCAGACUGCAACCAUAUGUUCCACGUCAAGUGCGUUGACACGUGGCUCCGGCUGAAUCCAACUUGCCCCGUCUGUCGGACUUCUCCUCUCCCGACACCUGUCGCCACGCCAUUGGCUGAAGUCGUCCCGUUGGCCUCCGCCGCGGCCUCCGUGGGCUCAACAAGGAUGUCCUGAUGCCGGAACUUUUUAUUUCUCAUUCUUUUUGUCUUCUUUUUAUUAUUAUUUUUUAAUUUCGGCAGUUCUAUAUUAUGAUUGCCAUCGACCCAUGUACAUUCUUUUACGCCGAAGAAAGAUUAAAAGGAAAAAAACGUAAAUUUGACAUU